AGUGGUGCGCGUCACUCACCUCCAGUGUCUGCUGUUAUUACCAAUGAGUGGAGUUUUAUACAAUGUAUUUCGUAGUGUAGCUGUCAAAUUAAAGACAGUGAGAGUCUAUAAAGCUGGUGUGAUCUUCUCCAAUAUACACAACGGCAGCCCAACAUCCUUAAACCACUUUGUCAUCAGUAGAUUCUUCAGUAUCACCAGCACCAUGCCAACACCUCAGGGAAUCAACGGCCUGUAUGACUUCCGGAAAGUGACACCGGAGGAUAUAGAAAAACAGACAGAUGUUCUUAUCCUGAAGCAGCGGACAUCUUACGAGAACAUAGGGUCAUCACCGCUGGACAAAGUGACCUAUGAGAAUGUGAUCAAGCAUCUUGCAGAUUUAAUGGCCGAGCGAUCAACAUUGGGCUCCCCGUUGGAUUUUCCUCAACAUGCAGCGACGGACAAAGCUGUUCGGGAGGCUUCCAGCAAGGCCGAGCAAAAGUUGGAGGAAUUUGACGUAGAGAUGAGCAUGCGGAAAGAUAUCUUUGACCGCGUAGUGGCCUUCAGAGACAACGUUGGCGUGGAGGGCUUCAGCGACGAACAGAAAAGGCUUGUGGAAAAACUCAUCCUUCACGGCAGACGAAAUGGUCUUCAUCUGUCUGAAGAAAUACAAACAGAGGUGAAAAUGAUCAAAAAACGUAUGUCGGAACUAUCCAUCAAAUUUCAGCGUAACCUGAAUGAAGACAACACAAAACUCUUCUUCACUAGAGAGGAGCUAGCUGGCAUGCCCGACGACUUUGUUAAUGAACUAACUCAGGGAGAGGACGGGAAGCUGGAGGUGACAAUGAAAUACCCACACCUGUUCCCCAUCACCAAGAAAUGCCGGGUACCAGACACCAGAAGGCUAAUGGUUACUGCUAGUCAGUCCAAGUGUAUGGAGGAGAACACGCCCAUUCUUGAGGAGCUGAUAAAGUUGCGACAGAGGCAAGCCGACUUGUUAGGUUAUAAAAAUCACGCAUCAUACGUCUUAGAGGAACGCAUGGCCAAAAAUGCUGACAGCGUAUCUCAGUUCCUCUCAAGUCUCUCUGAAAAGCUUCAACCAUUGUGGGAGCAAGAGAGAGUGGACAUGCUCAAGCUCAAGAAGGAAGAGUGUGAAAAGUACAACUAUGAAUACUCUGGUAAACUGGACUUCUGGGACUUCCGUUACUAUAUGAACCAGGUGGAGGAGAAGAUGUAUGCUGUCGACCAAGAUGAGGUACGGCAAUACUUCCCCUUAGAAAAGGUAACGUCUGGGUUGUUGGACAUCUACCAGACACUGUUGGGUCUUCAGUUCACUCAGGAAUCUGAUGCAGACACUUGGCAUGAAGAUGUCAAAUUGUACCGUGUGAAUGACGCCAAGACCGGGGAACACAUGGGCUACUUCUUCCUGGACCUCUAUCCCCGCGACGGCAAGUUCGGACAUGCUGCCAUCUUCCCCCUCCAGCCUUCAUGUGACGCUGCUAACGGUGAUCGCCAGGUUGCAGUGUGUGCCAUGAUGUGCAACUUUACCAAACCCACCAAAGAUAAGCCAGCACUGUUGGAUCAUUCAGAGGUAGAAACGUACUUCCACGAAUUUGGACAUGUGAUGCACCACAUAUGCUCGCGGGCAACGUUUGCCAUGUUCGCUGGUACACGGGUCGAAAGAGACUUCCUGGAGGCUCCUUCACAGAUGUUAGAGAACUGGGUUUGGGAGAAGGAACCUUUGUCUCUCAUGUCUGGGCACUAUCAGAGCGGCAUCACAUUGACCGACGAGAUAAUUGAGAAACUCGCAAAGUCUCGCAAAGCCAACGCAGGCGGGUUCAAUCUACGACAGAUCAUCCUAGGAACAUUCGACCAAAGUAUCCACACCAGAGGGGAGGCGGAUACCAAGUCCCUUUUUGCUCAAACCUACCGUGACAUCAUGGGUAUUGAACCCAUCCCAAACACCAACAUGCCUGCCAACUUUGGUCACCUCGCCGGGGGGUACGACGCACAGUACUAUGGUUACCUGUGGAGUGAAGUGUUCUCUAUGGACAUGUAUGAGAGCCGCUUCAAGAAGGAAGGCAUUCUGAACCCUGCAGUAGGAGCGGAUUAUCGCGUCCGUAUCCUACAACCUGGUGGAUCCAAGGACGCUGAUGAUUUAUUGAGGGACUUCUUGGGUCGGGAUCCCAGCCACGAUGCCUUCCUCCGUAGCAAGGGACUGCAGGCAUAAAAACACAAUAUUAAUUGAAUAGAUUAGUGCAGCUGUUAGUUGUGGUAGACUUUUCUACUGUUUAUGUGUGGUUGUACUUAGAGAAUAUCUUUAAGAGUUCAUUGUUAUUUCGUUCAUUAGUGAAUAUAUUUGGAUUUUACGAUAUAAUUGCAUAAAGGUGUACUGAUAUGGUUGAAUAUUUGAUACAAAACUGGGAAUUUACAUAAUACAAUACGAUUAUUAAUUGAUUUAUCAAGGUAUGGAAAAAAAUGUUUCUGAUUGCAACUAUUGUACUGCAAGUGGCAAGUAAUAUAUAUCAACGUAAGACUAUUGCCAUAUCAGAGAAUUCACACUGAAACGCUCGAAUCCGUAAACAUUGGGACAUAGGUUUAUUUUAAAGAAUUAUGUAAAUUUUUAUUAUUUAGAAAAGAAUAUCUAAUGAUAUAUGGCUGAACUGCUCCAGAAUAAUAUAAAAACACUGCCUGCCAUUAUCUGUAUAGGCUUAAUGGUAAAUACAGUACUGUGUGUCAACUAGAGGUGUGUUGCUCCAGGCAUAUUCAGUUGAUGUUUAUGCUCAAAAAAUAUUUCGUCCAGUUUUAUCAUUUUUUAACCUCGGAAGAGAUUUGUAUUUUGUUUAAUCAGUUAUGUAUCUAAAUCAGUCUCAUCUUGUGAAGAGUUUAAAAUCCUCAUCAAAUUAAUGAGAUACAAUGUUGAGGCUGAUGCAUACUGUUAUGUACGUCUUGUUGGUCUAGCAGUUGAUUUUAUUGUAAAGUUAAAAGUAUUUCUUUUUUUUUUACUAAAGAAUUUUGUAGUCACAUUUAUAGUUAUUAUUUUUUCUUGUUAACUAGUAGAUUUGUAUAAUUUUUAAUGUAAUGUACAGUUCUUAGUAUAAUUGACUUGGGUUUAAAGAAAAUAAGCUAUAUAUUGUGAACAGUGACCAAUAAAUUAUAUUUUAUGCCAUUGUUAUGGCACUGGUUGUUCAAGGGAUGUAUUACAGAUGCUCCUCUAUACUGACGGACAUUCAACUUAAAAACCCUGUCCAUAUGUCCAAUUGCAGUCAUCUGCUGUAUUUAUUAAAGGGAAAAAUUGUAGCUGUAUUGUACACCCCCCAAAAAAAAGAAAGGCCCAUCAUUCUUCUCCCCCAUCCAUGAGCUCUUGAGAAUCAUGAACCUGUGAAUCUGAGACAUAGCUGAGUGUGUCAUCUAUGGAACCAAUGCAUGAUGUCCCAGAAUCACAGCUUCAUGAGUGAGUCUUAGGGAUCAUGGAUGGAAAGGAGGACUGAUGGAACUUUUUGUUUUUCUUGGGUGGGUGUGCAUCCUUGACAAUGUGUUUGGUAUCUACAAGAGUAAAGCUGGACUUGGGAACAAAUGAACCUACGAAGAAGCCUCAGGAACACAACUCGUCUGUCGAUAGAGGAGCACCUGUAUAGCUCUUUAUAGGGUCUGAAGAAUGAUUUGUUCCUUUACAGCUUAAAAUUGAGCUUUACUGAUAAUUUUGUUCUUAUAAAACAUGUAAAAUAUUUUGGUUUAUUGUUUAACAUAUUUUUACCAUUCUGAACAUCUUAAUAAUGAGAAGUUUUAUUAUU